UCAACCCGGAAGUUUGUGCCGUGUGCUUCAUACGUCAACAUGCUCCUGUCACAUAGUUACUAAACAUUAUAGCGAAAUCAGAAUUGUAGCAUCUUUUUAAAUAUAUAUAUAUAUAUAUAUAACUGCACGUGUUUUCUUUGUGCCAGCAGCCAUGGCUCAAGAGGUGUGCUGCUUGAAAGCAGAGCUCAAGGAGAAAGAGAACGAGAUUGCUGCUCUGAAGAAUAAACUGGCACAAUUGGAAAAGAGCCAUACCUCAGUCCUGGAGCUGUAUGACAAAGUGACACCCCUAAUCCCCCUGAAAGCCAAAUCAGCCCUCAGCAAUGAGGACAUCAUGCGGUACAGCAGACAGCUCCUUCUGCCUGAGCUGGGUGUACAAGGUCAGCUAAACUUAUCCAAGACCUCAGUGCUGAUUGUGGGCUGUGGAGGCCUUGGCUGCCCCCUGGCACAGUACCUUGCAGCAGCAGGCAUCGGGCGCCUGGGCCUGCUGGACUAUGACGAGGUGGAGCUCAGUAACCUGCACAGACAGGUGCUUCAUGGGGAGGAGAACCGGGGCCAGGCCAAGGCUCUGUCUGCUGCCAGUGCAGUCAAAAGAUUAAACUCAACAGUAGAGUGCAUUCCCUACCACCUGCAGCUCUCGCCGGAAAACGCCUUGCAACUCAUUCAACAAUAUGACAUUGUGGCUGAUUGUUCAGACAAUGUCCCCACUCGUUAUCUGGUUAAUGACGCUUGUGUGCUCAGUGGCAAGCCUCUGGUGUCAGCAAGUGCCCUGAGAAUGGAGGGGCAGCUGACAGUAUAUAACUACUGUGGAGGCCCCUGCUACAGAUGUCUGUACCCAGUACCCCCACCCCCAGAGACAGUGACCAACUGUUCUGACGGAGGGGUGUUAGGAGUGGUUCCAGGGAUAAUGGGCUGCUUCCAAGCUUUGGAAGUCCUCAAGAUUGCCUCUGGACAAGGCUCUUCCUACGGCCAGCAGCUGUUGAUGUUUGACGCUCAAGAUGCCAGAUUCAGGUCCAUCAAGCUACGGCCCAAACAGGCCGGCUGUGCAGUGUGUGGAGAGAACCCCAGUGUAACCCAGUUGGUGGACUAUGAGGUGUUCUGUGGGUCCGCUGCCACAGAUAAGUGCCGCAAACUCAACCUCCUUUCCAGAGAUCAGAGGAUCACAGUGCAGGAUUAUAAAUCAAUAAUGGAGAAUGCAGAGCCCCAUCUCUUGUUGGAUGUGCGCCCUCUUGUGGAGGUGGAUAUCUGCCACUUACCUUUCUCUCUCCACAUUCCCCUCUCAAGUUUAGAGGAGAGGAAGAAUGAGCAUAUCCGAUUACUUCAGGAGAGAAUCAGCCAGUUGAAACAGCAGAUGGCUGGUGACUGCCGGCCUCCAGUGUAUGUGAUCUGUAAGCUGGGUAACGACUCUCAGAAGGCGGUGCAGGCUGUGGAGAAGAUGAGUGGAUCAGAAGUGGACAGCAUCACAGUGAAAGACAUCAGUGGAGGUCUCAUGGCCUGGGCAAAGAGAAUAGACCCCACAUUUCCACAAUAUUAAUGCAUUUUAAAUGCUUUUCUAUUAAUCUGCAUUCUUACUCUGCAUUCUGCUUGAUUUUGUUCUUAUUUGUAUGUGUGCUGAACAUCGGGCUUUGAGGUAAAAUGUCAUUACUGAAUUGCAAAAUCUCACAUACCAAGUGUAACAACAGAAAGGUUGCUAAAAUGUGUUGUGUAAUCUACUGUGUAUCAGUUCAUCAAAAACAUGAGCUGGCAGUUAGAUAACAGUAAGCAUGUUUUAUACAGUCUAUGGUAAGCAUCCUUGCAAAAUCAAGUCCCUCUUCCUGUUGUUUCUGUCAAUCCUUAGAAGUUCAGUUAAUAGCUUCCCCAUAUCUAAUAAAUCAACCUACACUUCC